CAAAUUUGUCAAAUUUGUAAGGGUAACGUCCAUCCUCCACGCCUUGUGGGAGAGUCCAUACCACAAAAGCUUUCUAAACUCUAACGGUGAGGCGUCGCCACAACCACAACGACCAGCACCGAAUCUCCGACAAUAUAGCAGGCCAAUAACCGGCAAUCUCGUUCCCUUCCAUCGACCGUCCUAAUUUGCGACCGGCCGACGUCAUCAGCCGACGAGCCGACUAUUGCACGCUGCACUGGCGCACUGCUACGACCCACUCACCGGCUACCGCUGCUCCCUGCACCUGCUUCCACCCGCCCUCCGCCCGCCGACUCCUGACUUUGACAGACGCCAGGUUCUGCUUUAAAUUUGAAGAUACUUAGCAUAUCAGAUCCAUUUUGUUCUAAACUGAUUGGAAAGACCACAUGGAAGAUUGACAAGUUAUCAAAAAUCAACAAUAGAGAACUUCAGACUUCAGAGUAAUCCAUUUGAGGUUGGAAGCUACAAAUGAUGUUGGGCAAUAACAACAAUUACUCUAUCGUUCAAGGUUUUGCUUUAUGGGUGUGUUUCCAUUGUCAAGAAAAUCAUGUAGCCUUUCCACAUUCAUGGGUUUAGUAAAAUCGGGAUUUUUUGGAAGGAGUACAUUCACAGCAGAAAGUGGGUAUUGUCGAAAUUUUGGGGGUGUCUCAUCAGCUUUGUUGUUUGAAGAUUCCGACUCAUGUUCAAGUGGUGAUGACAGAUGUGGAUUUGAACCAUUUGUUCCAACUAUUCCGAGGAAGAGAUUGCAUAUGGGCUACUCACCAGAACUUUGCUCAGUUGUUGUGAGAGUGUACAAAUCAUUGAGGUGGGAGGUAGCUAGAGAAAUUAGAUUCAGUAUAUCAAUUAAAAUGCAUGGCCUUUUCCAAUCAAUAAAUGCCUUCAUGAUGUGUGUGCAUAUUUUUGCACAAGUUGGAAUGCAGAUGGAAAUGUAUGCUUUGCUCAAAGAUAUUGUUUUCAAUUUCCCAAAGACUGAGUAUGAUUUAGUUAAGAUAUUUCCACUUUUUCUUAUUUCACCCGAUGAUUCAAAAAUAUCAGCUUUCGUUGUUGAUGUUCUAAUCAAGAUUUUUGCUGCAAAUAAGUUGUUUGAAGAUGGGAUAGAUGUAUAUUUCCAGGCUAGGAAAUUUGGUUAUAGAUUAAGUAAUUGUUCAUGCAAUUUCUUACUGAAAUGUUUGGCAGAAGCCAGGAGGAAAGAACUUCUUCAAACACUAUUUGAAGAGAUGAGGCAAUUUGGACCAUCACCCAAUGUUUAUACAUAUACAAUUAUGGUGAACUUCUACUGCUGUAAGAAUCACACUCAACAUAAGAUGGAUUUAGAAAAAGCCACAGAUUUUAUGAUGGAAAUGGCUACUAGAGGGAUUAAGCCAUCUGUUGUAACCCACAGUGUUUAUGUCUAUGGACUUUGUAGAGCUGGAUGUGUUCACUUUGCUUUGGAUUAUCUUCGAGACAUGAGGCAUAGCAAUGAAUUCAUAAACUCUUAUUGCUAUAAUGCCGUUAUGCAUGGAUUUUGUGCAAAUGGUGAAACAAUUGAAGCUGUGAAUCUUUUUGAAGAAAUGAAGGCUAGUGGAGUUCUACCAGAUCUGUAUAGCUAUAGUAUAUUGAUUGAUGGAUUUUCUAAAUGUGGGGAUGCUGAGAAAAGUCUUUCUUUACUAAUGGAGAUGGAAGCUAUCAACAUAAAACCAUCCUUGGUUACCUAUAGUUCACUGUUGAAUGGUCUUUGCAGAAGUGUACCAAUGGAAUUCUCACUUGAUUUGUUUUAUAAGAUAGAGGAGUAUGGCUAUAAGCAUGACCAGGUUUCUUACAACAUCUUAAUAAACGGGUUUUGCUUGCAGGGUGAUUUGUUCUAUGCUCAUAAGUUCUUGGAUAAGAUGAUCAGUAAUAAUAUGAUUCCUAGUGCUUUAAAUUAUAACAAAUUGAUCCAUUCAUUUUGCAAGAUGGGGGCCGCCCGUGAAGCCUUGGAGCUUCUCAGAGCAAUGAUAAAAAAAGGCCGUUACCCUGAUAUAUUUACCUUCAACUACAUUAUUAGUAGCUUAUGUAGUGAUGGAAAUACAGAGAAGGCACUAGAAGUAAUUCCGUUGAUGCUUAAGAUGAAUGUAUUGCCCGGUAUUGUAAACUAUAGCACUCUUAUUAAUGGUUUUGCGAAACAGUUUAAUAUCAAGAAGGCCUUGCUGUUGUACACGAGAAUGUUAAAACUUGGGGUUACUCCAGAUACAACUCUCUAUACCAUUCUCAUUAAUAUAUUUUGCAGAAUGGGAAAGUUAACUGAAGCCUACAAACUGUUUAGGGAAAUACCCUUUCAAGGGUUGAAUCCUGAUAACGUCUCAUAUACAUCUGUCAUAGCUGGGUUUUGUAGAGUUGGAGAUAUGAACAGAGCACUGAAAUUGUUUAAUGAAAUGACACUUGCGGAAGUCUCGCCUUCUGUUGUUACUUAUACAUGCCUUAUAGAUGGGUAUUGCAAUGUUGGUCGUAUUGAUAUGGCCAAUAUGGUACUAGAAGAGAUGAGAAGAAAGAAUGUACCUCCUGAUGUUGUGACAUACACUAUCUUGAUCCGUGCAUACAAGAGGCUUGGACAAUUGAAUAUGGCUUUCGAGCUGUGUGACCAAUUGGAGAAGGAAGACAUCAAUUUGCAUGAUGUUGCAUUCCAAGCCUUAUGGUACGAUAAGUAAGAUCUGAUAAGGAAAGGGUAAAACGGUUUUUGUACUUCGGUAUGAAGAACGCUAAUCUGUUCCCUAUACACGUGGUUUGUGUAGUGGUGCCUAAAGCCGGUGACCAAUGGAAAAAGAUAUCAGAUCUGGGGUCCGGAUUUUAGAACUUUUCUGGUCCUUCUGGUCUUACAUUUUGCUUUACAUUGCUUAUCAUGGAAUGAUCAGAUAGGCCAGAGGAGUGCGUUCCUCCUGUAGAGGGUGCUAUUCAUGGUCUCAUGGACUUGCAGUUCAAGAGAAGUGCUCAAAGUCAGUCAAUGAUGGAGAUGAAGACAGUGGGGAAAUUGUUGAUAUUUUCUCCAUCCAUUCAGGGCGCAAGACAGGUCAUGCUAAGACUAAUCGCAACCCUGGGGUGAACAAGUCAUAUUUGAGCUUUUCCCCCAAAAAGUUACUCCAACCCUGUGUAUAGAAGCUGAGAAGGGGGCCAAAGUGGCAAAGUGGGCUGGGGCACCCUUGGUGGCAAAUUAGAUAGGCUAUUAACGGAGAGAGGCAGCAGCUGGCUGGUCACAUAAGGAAUAAGCAGUGGGUCCAUAUGUUGUUGAACCAUUUGCAGAGUUGCCUGGGCAGAUAUUGCCAAGUUGUCAAUGAAUCUGAUAUCUUCACAAUCUGAAAGCAACAUUUUGUCAUUGCAUUUGUGGUAGAGCGUGCAAAAUCAAGGAAUGUGGAUAAUAUGUGCCUUUCGACCACAUGGAGGGUUUUGAUUACUACAAUUUGGGGUUGGGAGCUUCUUCGAUCUUCCAGUUGGCUCGUCGUGAAUCUUGACAUGAUUUUCAGGAGUCUGAUGCUUUUGAAGAGCCAUCUGAUGCUAAAAGGUCUACGCCACUACCUAUUCUUUGUAUAGAGGAUGGACUGCCUAUCCUACGUUUUUCUGAAAUAUUUGGCAUUCAUGAACAUCGAAAGAAGACCAAGAAGAAGGAGCACCGUUACUCUGUUGCCAAAGAAAAGUACAACUUGGAUAGUUCCAAAGUUCUUGAAGAAGAUGAAGAGGAUAUUUUCAGAGGCUCUUAUAAUGACUUUCCUUGGCUGAGAGUGUCACUUAUAACCAAAGAAAGCAUUGCUAUUGAUGAUGAGUCGGGAUCAUUUCAGGAGACUGGCAGAAUAGCUGCAAAAGGCGAUGAUAUGAAGAAAGACUCUUGUUAUGGAUCUGAACCAAUGAAGCUGAAUGUCCCACACAAUAUUUCUGCUGAGUAGAGCUCACUCUCUUGCCCCAAGUUCUGUCCUCUUGAUCAACAAGAUUAGGAGGAUAGAAUUAUUUGGGAAAACUCUCCAGUUUCCAGUGCUGAGGUGGCAGAGAGUAUUGAGACUGCUGAUAGUAUCGAGACCUCUGGACCCAAUUGUGGUGAAUCUUUUGAUGAACAAACACAAAUGGUGGCCGACUCAGGAACUUCAACCUUGGAACCAGAAAUUGAAUCCCAUGAAAAAAGAAAAAAAGUCUUUUAUCCACCUUGGAGCUGUUUCUGUGGAGCGUUUUGGUUCGAGAGAAACUUUCAGUGAAACAGACAUGCAUUUAUAUGGUGGUAAAUUUCACCCUCAACUUUUGAGGUUAGAGUCUCAAGCUGAUAUAAAUAAGCGAGGUAACCCUGAAGCCGGAGAGGAGUAUAUGCCCCAAGAGAGAACCCACUCUGAUGCAUUAAGGCGUUUUGACAAGCUCACAUUAUUAAAUACAGAUGUACAGGCAGGAUCCUGGUUGGACAACAUUAUUUGGGAACCAGGUCAAGACACAGUGAAACCAAAGCUAAUUUAUGAUCUUCAAGACAAACAGAUGCUUUUUGAAAUUCUGGAUAACAAGGACAGCACACAUCUUCAGCUUCACACUGGUGCAGUGAUAACUACCAGUUGUGUAAAGCCCAAUGUCGGCGAUGCUGUUGAGAUACUUCAUGCAGGUCCUACAGGACAUUUUAAUAUUGCCAAUGACGAAUUUUAUUCCAACAGGAAAUCUUUACCGCAAUCAAAAUCACAUUCAAAGAAGCGCACUGCUCAUGCUCUCAAAGUUCUGCAUUCAAUUCCAGCUCUUAAGCUGGAGACUAUGAAGGCAAAGCUAAGCAAUAAAGAUAUUGCCAAUUUUCAUCGGCCUAAAGCCCUAUGGUAUCCCCAUGAUAAUGAGGUCGUGCUCAAGGGUCAAUGGAAGCUGCCUACACAAGGACCUACGAAAGUUAUAUUGAAGAGUUUAGGAGGCAAAGGAAGUAAGUUUCAUGUGGAUUCUGAGGAAACUGUCUCUUCACUCAAGGCAAAAGCUUCAAAAAAGCUAGAUUUUAAACUCCCUGAACCAGUAAAGAUAUUUUACUCGGGUAGGGAGCUUGAAGACCAUAAAUCUCUUGCAGAAAAAAAUGUUCAACCAAACUCCUUGCUACAUCUUGUUCGCACAAAAAUUCAAUUGUUGCCCAGGGAACAAAAGCUCCCGGGUGAGAACAAGUCUUUGCGUCCUCCUGGGGCUUUUAAGAAGAAAUCUGAUCUUUCCGUUAAAGGUCAUGUUUUCUUGAUGGAGUACUGUGAGGAGAGGCCUUUGCUUCUAGGUAAUGUCGGAAUGGGUGCAAGAUUGUGCACCUACUGCCAAAAAUCAACUCCAAAUGAUCAAACAGGCAUAUUGAUGCACAGUGACAAUAACAGAUUGGGGAGUCUCAUUGUACUUGAUCCUGCCGAUAAAUCACCUUUUCUGGGUGACAUAUAACCUGGCUGCAGCCAGUCUUCCCUCAAGACAAAUAUGUAUCGAGCUCCUAUAUUUCAGCAUAAAGUUUCAUCAACUGAUUAUCUAUUGGUACGCACUGCAAAGGGGAAGCUGUCUAUCAGGCGCAUUGACAGGAUUGAUGUUGUUGGACAACAGGAGCCUCACAUGGAGGUGAUGACUCCGGGAUCAAAAGGAGUCCAAGCAUACAUUAUGAACAGGCUAUCUGUAUACAUGUAUCGUAAAUUUCUGGCUGAUGAGAAGUUUGGUGUGCGGCCAGUUGUCCAUGCAGAUGAGUUGUCUGUGCAAUUUCCUAGCUUUUCAGAGGCUUUCCUUCGGAAAAGGCUUAGAAAUUGUGCUGAUAUGCAGAGAGGAUCAAAUGGACAGUUGGUUUGGGCUAUGAGUAGUUUUCGCAUUCCAUCAGAGGAGGAAUUACAGAGGAUGGUGACUCCUGAGAUCGUUUGUGCAUAUGAAAGCAUGCAAGCUGAUCUAUACAGGCUCAAACGCUUGAGGAUUACCCGGCUAACUAACCCUUCAGGCCUUUCCGCUGCAAUGAAUCAGCUUCCAGAUGAAGCGAUUGCCUUGGCUGCUGCAUCACAUAUAGAGAGGGAACUGCAGAUAACUCCUUGGAACUUGAGCAGCAAUUUUGUUGCAUGUACAAACCAGGACAGGUAACAUUGAGCGUAUGGAAAUUACCGGGGUUGGAGAUCCCUCUGGACGGGGAUUAGGGUUUAGUUAUGUCCGUGCUAUUCCAAAGCACCCAUUUCAAAUGCAAUGACAAAGAAAAAAGCAGCUCUUACUAAAGGCUCAACUGUUACUGGAACAGAUGCUGAUCUACUAGGCUGAGUAUGGAAUAUUGAAGGCGACUCAUUUGUCAAUCUAUGUAGUAUGGACUUUAAAACACAUAUUCUUUUGUGCAUAUUGUAUCAGACUCAGCCAUUUUUUUUCUUUUUUUUUUCUACAGAUUGAGAUAUCUUAGAGCCCAUUCAUAAGGUUGAAAUUUGCAGUCUUUCGCUAAAUGGUGGUUGAUA